AUGUAUGACACAGGUACGAGCAGUUUGGAGGUGAAAGAGAAUCAGGAGGAAAAGAUCCAGGUGGACUGUGACCUGCUGCGAAAGUAUCAUCCUUCAGCUUUUUGCACAACUUUCCCCAGAAACAGAUCCAGGGCCAUGAAGAGGAAGCAGCCGCUGGUGGAUGGAAAAGACCGGCUGCUCUACCAAAGCCACUCGAGCUGUAAACGAGUCGCGUGGGCCGUCACUCAGAAGAACGCGGUGGUGCAGCUGAACGAGCUGCGACCCGGGCUGCGCUACGAGAUCACGUCAAAGACGGGUCCCCUGCACGCUCCGGAGUUUUCUGUCGGGGUGGAGGUGCACGGCCUCCGCUUCGAGGGUCGAGGGCCGACAAAGAAGCAGGCGAAGAUGAGGGCCGCGGAGCUGGCUCUGCGGUCCUUCAUCCAGUUCCCUAAUGCCUCCCAGGCUCACACUGUGACGGAGAACUUCACCGGCACACCCACGGAUUUCACAGCAGAUAAAGUGGACACCCCCGAUGCGUUCCUCCAAGAGUCUGAGCCAUCACUGUUUGAAAAUCUCCUGCACGGCAACACAGCAAAGAAGGAGGUCUUCUCCAGCACUUACAACCACAAACGACUUGUUCAUCUCACACUGGACUUGGUCUCCUCAACCAAUCCAAAGAGACGAGCCCUCUGCACCUCACUUCUAGAGCACCUCAGCCCAGUGGCGCUGCUCAACGAGCUGCGACCAGGCCUCAGGUAUAUGUGCCUGGUGGAGAGAGUUCACGGCAGACUGAUGAGGAGCUUCGUUAUGGUUGUGCGGGUGGAGGGGAGGGUGUUUGAAGGGUGUGGUCUCAGUAAGAGACGGGCGAAGGCGCAGGCGGCAGCGGCUGCUCUACAGUCUCUGUACAACAUCAGCCUGGGACCAGAGAAGAAGGUCAUGGGCCUCCAGAGCAGCAGAGCCAAACAUCAGCUCCCUCAGUUCCUCGCGGAGUCCAUCUUCCACCUGGUGAGAGAGAAAUACACAGAGUUGACGGACAGUUGUUUCUCUUCCUCGCACGCUCGUCACAAGGUGCUGGCGGGAAUCGUGAUGACCAGAGGCUUUGACCUCAGAUCGGCCCGAGUUGUGUCUCUGGCCACGGGGACUAAGUGUCUGGACAACGUGAGCGACCGCGACUCGACGCUCGGGGACUGUCACGCUGAAGUCCUCAGCAGAAGGGCGCUGGUUCGAUUCCUGUACUCCCAGCUGGAGCUGCUGCUCUGGAAGUCGGCAGCCGGCGAGGAACAAUCCGUCUUUGUGCCAAACAAAGGCGGCGGCUUACGGCUGCAGGACGGCGUCUUCUUCCACAUGUACGUCAGCUCGUCGCCGUGUGGAGACGCUCGACUCAACUGCCCCUACGAGACGACUGCUGCCCAUCCCAGCCGGAGGUUUCGCUCUCACCUCAGGGUGAAGGUCAAUGGAGGCGAGGGCACGCUGCCUGUCAUGGCACGAGGAGCCAAUCGGGAACGGGACGUUGCGUCGCCGGGUGAACGCCUGGUCGCCAUGUCCUGCACCGACAAAAUGGCAAAGUGGAGCGUAGUCGGACUCCAGGGGGCGCUCCUGUCUCACCUGGUGGAGCCGGUUUACCUGCACAGCCUGACGGUGGGGACGCUGAGCCACACGGGUCACCUGGGCCGAGCCUUGAACCGGCGCCUCGCAGCCGUCAAGCAGCUGCCCUUCCCCUACCGACGCCGGCAGCCGCUGCUCAGCUGUCUGAACGAGGCUCGGCCGGCCGGGAAGGCCCCGAGCGUCAGCCUGAACUGGAGCUGUGGUGACGGAGGCCUGGAGGAGAUCAGCACCUCCACGGGAAGGAGGAGGGACUCUGGGACGCCAUCACAGCUCUGCAGGAGCUCGCUGUUUGACCGCUGGCAGGGGCUGCAGCGUCAGAUAUCGGGCGCAGGAGACACAAACGGGACAUACAGUGGUUCCAAACUGAGAGCUGGACGCUACCAGAGGGCGCUGCAGCAGUUCACCGGCGCUCUGCAGGGUGGCGGCCUGGGAAGAUGGCCCCGAAAACCUGGGCCGUCUCCGCGUCGGCGUGUGAACAACUGUGUUAAAUGCUGAAAAUGGAAGAUUGGACGCACAAAGGAUGUGACGCUGGAUAAAGAAGGAGGCUAUCGUACCAGAGAAAUGUGCGUGGCCUCGAUCGGAGACACGUGCGACAGACAUAAUUAUUUAUCACGCAAACGAGCGCAGAGGACACACAACCGAAAAUAACAUUUAGCGGGAGCAGUCUUCUAAAUGUGUUUCGCGUUAGCUUUUAGCCUAAAAGCUGCUGAUAUCAGCUCUGGAGCACUGUUGCGGACGACCCUUAAUUAAGCUAGCAUCUCAAUGUUGCAAGACGUGCUAAUUAGCACGUUUGUGACAUCGCUGCGUCGACUUAAGAGUCCGAUAGCCCUUCACGGUCGCUUCCCUGAGUAUUAAACAGAGAUCGGUGUUUGGGUCAAAUGUAAAACGCAGCUACGUGAAAUAAUGACGAGUGCGUCAGCCUCAGAAUGACUCAGCUGGUCUCGGGAACCUUCGACAGUGAGGCUCAACAGAGCGGCUCGUUAAGAUCCAGAAAACAAACCGUUACGUAAACAGGCGCUAAACAUCGUCUUACCUCAGGUCCGAUGUUUCCUUCUGCGUUUGUUUGUUAGUCAGCAGGAUAUCACAAAAACUAUAUUGGCAGAGGAAUGAACGCCCCGAGUAUCCAAGCCUCUCGUUUCAUUUGUUCAUUAAACCGUAGAAAUGAAAUCCUACAUAAACCAAAUUAUCUG